AUGGCGCUCCUCCGCCUCCAGCACCACUGCUCCCUCCUCCAAAUCUCCACCUCCCACCUCCCAACCCUCCUCAGCCCCCCGCGGAACCCUCGCCGGAGCCAACUCUCGCCGCCCAAUGCGGCCAGGACCCCCAGCCCCUCCAUAACCCCACCCUCCGCCGCGCCAAUCUUGGCGCGGAAUGCGGCGGCGGCCCCCUGGCGAGGCGAGCUCCUGCUCCUCCUCCCCGCGGCCGCUACGUCCUGGCCGCUCCCGGCCCUCGCGGCCGAGGCCGACGGCGGCGGCGGGAGCAAGGUGAGCCUCGAGUCCAUCGUGCUUGCCGUCGACGACUUCAACAACCGGAACCCCUUCUUCGUGGCCGGGGUGGUGUUCGUCUGGCUGGUGGUGCUCCCGCUGGCGCAGGAGUACUUCAAGAAGUACAAGGCCGUGGGCGCCCUCGACGCCUUCCGCAAGCUCCGCGACGUGCCGGAGGCGCAGCUGCUCGACAUCAGGCGGGGCAACAGCGUGCGCUUCAUGGCGCCGCCCAACCUCAGGCUCGUCGAGAAGAGCGCCGUGCAGAUGGAGUUCGACGAGGAGGACGAGAAGCGCUUCCUCGGGGAGGUGCUCGCGAGGUUCCCGGACCCGGCCAACACCGUCGUCUGCGUUCUUGACAACUUUGAUGGUAAUUCAAUGAAAGUGGCCGAGCUCCUGUUCAACAAUGGUUUCAAAGAGGCGUACGCAAUCAAAGGGGGACUGAGAGGCCCAGAUGGUUGGCAGGCAAUUCAAGAGAACUAUCUUCCACCAUCUGUUCACGUUUUUCCACGGGAAAAGAAGAGCAAAACUUUAACGCACACUGAUGUGAGCACUGAAGGAACAGAUGAUCAGCCAGAGGGGAAUGGAGAACUAUUAACUUCUCCUAGCAGCACUUUAGUCAAUACAAGCAAUGGAACCAAGGAUGGUCAUGAAGAACCGAAUGGAAGUACUUUAGCCGCGAAGCAUUCAAGGAGACCAUUAUCACCUUAUGCAAAUUACCCUGACUUGAAACCGCCAUCAUCUCCGACGCCAUCCAAGCCAUCGAGGGCAGAGGGGAAUGGGGAACUAUCAACUUCUACUGGCAGCUCUUUAAUCAAAACAAGCGAUGCAACUAAGGAUACUCACGCGGAACCGAAUGGAAGUACAUUAGCCACGAAGCAAUCAGGAAGGAAACCAUUAUCACCAUAUGCAAAUUACCCUGACUUGAAACCGCCCUCAUCUCCAACGCCAUCCAAGCCAGGCAGGCCAGAUAAGAAUAAUGAACUACUAACGUCUCCUGGCAGCUCUUUGGACAAUACAAGCCAUGCAACCAAGAAUGGUCGUGAAGAACUGAAUGGAAGUACUUUAGCCACGAAGCAUCCAAGGAGACCAUUAUCACCAUAUGCAAAUUUAAAAUAUUGCUCACAAAAUAGUAACAACAUGCUGACUGGCCUGACAGCAUGA